CUCAGAUUGGAAGUAAUCAGCUGUUCAGUUUCUCUUCCGUCACAUUGCGUUUAGAUGUUUUAACUUGACGUAAAGUCCAGAUGAUCCAGAUGUUCCACGACGGAAAACGCUGUUAAAGAGUUAUUUCAUUUUUAUUAUUUAAUUUAGAGGGUGGGGGGGAACCAUUCUGUGGCGUAUCUGAUUUCCGCACGGACCACUGUCACGCAGGGAUCGUAAAUACAGCUCUCCGGCUCCGGCAGGGACACAAGCGAUGAGGAGUUCAGGCAGGACAUCCCCAUUUCAAUGAGGCGCAGCGGGGGUUCGAGUCCAGGAGCCGGGGUGAGGGAGUGAACCAGUACCGGGGGGAUGGAGUCGUGUGGCCGGGCCGGACUCAGCGGGGUCCUGUGCUCCCUGUCUCUGCUGUGUGUCAUCCUGGACAUCCAGUUGGACGGUGUCUUGGGGGCGACUCAAGUUGAGAUCGAGCACCACUUGGAAAUGGGCCGCAAACUUUUGGCAGCCGGUCAGCUGGCUGAGGCCUUGUCCCACUACCACUCUGCUGUGGAGGGAGACUCUAAGAAUUACCUGACCUACUACAAGCGAGCUGCGGUUUUCCUGGCGCUGGGAAAAUCCAAAUCCGCCCUGCCCGACCUGACCAGAGCCAUCCAGCUCAAGCCGGACUUUUUGGCUGCCAGGUUGCAGAGAGGGAAUAUCCUGUUAAAGCAAGGCAGCACACAGGAGGCCUUGGAGGACUUUGAAGCAGUGCUGCAGCGCUCUCCAGACCAUGAAGAAGCUCACAUCCAGUUCCAGAACGCCAACGAGCUGGAGGAGCUGCAGGAGGCCGCGCAAGCUGCGUACCACCAAGGAGACUACAACGCUGCCAUCAACGAGCUGGAGAGAGUCAUUGAGUUAUCUCCCUGGGAUCCUGAGUCCCGGGAGCUUCGCGCAGAAUGCUAUAUCCGAAUGGGGGAGCCACAGAAAGCCAUCCAGGAUCUGACGCCCACAGUGAGGCUGCGCAACGACAACCGCGCUGCCUUCCUGAAGCUCAGUUUGCUCCACUACAGCCUCGGAGAGCACCACGACUCUCUCAAUCACAUCCGAGAGUGUCUCAGGCUCGACCAGGAUGACAAGGAGUGUUUCAGCCACUACAAGCAGGUGAAGAAACUCAGCAAACAGCUGGACGCAGCAGAGGAGCUCAUUCACAUGGAAAGGUAUCAGGAGGCCAUUGAUAAAUAUGAGUCGGUGAUGAAAACGGAACCUAACAUUGUUUACUACACCAACCUGGCCAAAGAGAGGAUCUGCUUCUGUCUCGUCAAGAUCAAGUUGGCUCCGGAGGCGAUAGACGCAUGUUCAGAAGCCCAUCAGAGAACCCCCCGCAACACAAACGUCCUCCGAGACCGAGCGGAGGCGUUCAUCCUCAACCAGGACUACGAGAAAGCGGUGGAGGACUACCAGGAGGCCAGAGAGUUCGAUAGCGAAAGCAACGAAAUCAGAGAAGGGCUGGAACGAGCACAGAAGCUGCUCAAACUCUCUCGGAAGCGAGACUACUACAAGAUCCUCGGUGUCAGCAGGAGUGCCAAUAAGCAGGAGAUCAUCAAGGCGUACAGGAAGCUGGCACAGCAGUGGCAUCCAGACAACUUCCAGCUAGAGACCGAGAAGAAGGAGGCGGAGAAGAGAUUCAUCGAGAUUGCAUCAGCGAAAGAGGUUCUAACCGACCCAGAAAUGAGGCAGAAGUUUGACGCUGGCGAGGAUCCACUGGACCCAGAAACCCAGCAGGGUGGUGGGGGACAACAGAACUGGCCUUUCCACUUCAACCCGUUUGAUUCUGGGGGCAGCUACAGCUUCAAGUUCCAGUACAACUAGACUGACUAGGAGGACUUUACGGACACACCGACGGUUGGAGGGGCGGGUGGGGGACAUUUCGGACGGAGGAGACAUUGAGAGAAGAUUUAUGGAGGCCUCUAUCUCCAGAACUUUUGUUUCAGCCUGGAAACAGAUUGUGGGUUACUGAUUUUUUCUUUUCAUGCCGUGUUUGGACAGCAGAGGUUUGAGCUUUUUAGUAGAAGAACCUGGACAUUUUACCACAUAACUGAGGACAGAGUGACUUGUGGCUUCAAUCCUUAGGAACGAAACGGUGAUGGUUGAAGGCAAUGGACUUCUUUUAUGUUUUUGGGACAUCUGCUCUUAUUACUAAUUUCUCUCUUCGUGCCAUUUUUUAAGACUUUAUUGAGGAACUCAGUUUUUUUUAAUGCAGUAGCUCCUGUGUGGACAGAGAUGACGGUUGUUUGUUGGUUUUCUUCGCGGUAAUCUCUAAAUGAAUCAAACGUUUACUGAUCUCAGUCGAUACUUUUCACAACGUCAAAGCAGCUCCUCCCAAGAGAAACUAGAUCUGUUGCUUCUAAUGAAAUCAAAAGUCACACAUUGUUGAGCUUCUAUAUUAAUGUGAAACUCUUACAGGAAACUUUUGGCUGUAGAAGUCCUGAAAUCCUACGGAUCUUAAAUCACUGUAGCCGCUCCGUGAAUGUUUUAAAUUUUGCUUGAAAUUACCAUAGAUUUUUCCUUUGUACAGCUACUGAAUUGGAAAAUGUGUAAAGUUUAGUUAAAAAUAUAUACAUUUUUUUCAUGGGCCAUAUGUUUAACUAUACAGUGGAGUAUUAGAAAAAAAAAUGUGAGUAAACAAUUGUGCUUUAUUUAGAAAUAAGUCAUCAUUUGAAAUAAUUUGGAAACCACAAAACCUUUUCAACAUCACAGAUGUUAAAGGAUCUUGCACAAUCUUUUUCAAAAGCCUGAUACUUACAAUAAUGUAAUACUCCAUCGUACAGCUGUAAACAUUAUAGCUGUAACCAGAUUUGAAGAGUGGCUUGAAAACAAAAAGUGACAUAUAGUUCACUAUUUCUUGCACAAAGUUGUGGCCCCUGAUGACUGAGUGAAGAACUGUUUUAUUUCUCUUCUCCAUUUGACUCUUUUCUAAGCAAAUCUUUGAAGUUAUGCACUUUGACUGUAUUUGAAAAAAAAGAAAACACACUCCGGCUGCUCCACCCUAAAAUGUUACUGCAGAGAUUAUUUACAAACCGGGUGUGUCUUCAGUGGCUUAUCUGAUGGUGUCAUAGAUUAGGUCUCAAAGAAAGUACACAUGUCUAAAAUUGUACUGGAUUUGGUCCAACAGGUUGCACUGAGGCACAAACUAAAGGAGGAAUCAAAGUACUAUUAAUUCGGAUUAGUUUUACUGACUUGAAAGACAACUGUUGAACCAUGAGUUUUUUUUUCUCAGUUUGUUUUUGCACAAUUUAAGUUAUUCUGUCAAAGGGUCUGAACCUGCUUCUGAAUCCCAUCUACUUUGGAACAUUGUGUGAGGACAUGUUGACAGGCUCUUUGUAUUUAAAUCAACCGAGUAGAACUGUUUGGUUUCUGGGUUUCUCCUGUUGUAAACAACACUGUUGUAUCUGUUGACAAACAGCCGACAUGUUCAAGUGUAUUAAAAUACUGACACAAUCA